CUCUGUUACCUACCCAACCUGGAUACUCUAGUUUCACCGAGAAACAUCAACAUAGUAACCCGGGAAAGGCAAUCUCGGAAGCGGUGAUCGACAUUUCUUUCUCAGAAUCUCACAGCUGACCUGGAUAUUAGGUUUCGAGGAUCAUCGCCUACACAAAACAAUGGAUGCAUGUCGUUAGUAAAAGUUAUUAGCUCAGUUGGCAGAACUGCUAGCUAAUAUUGGCUUGCUAACGUUAGCUGGCUAACGCUAACGUUGGCAAACAGACAGCUGCGCGAAGCCGACGAAGUCCGGAGAAGUUAGGAUAUUCCAAUCAUGAGGACGUCAUCUUAAAAUCUGGGCUUAUAGAUACCUUGGAUCGUUUCAUUAAAGGAAAGGUGAAUGGGAGAAAUGAAGAGCACCCGGACGACUGCUCAACAGCUUACCAAUCACAAUAUUGGCACAGAGCUGACAUCUGCAUGGAAAAGUUUGGCUCAGUCCAAAGCUGCUUUGCGGCAUAUAGAAAACCGUCUAGAGGCAGCUCCAGGGACAGGGGUAUUCCUGGACUCUGUCAUGGACCCCCCCAAGAAGAAAUCAUCCAAGAUGGUCCGCUGCAGGGAUGGACAACAAGCUGAUGACAGUGGGGGGUCUUCAAAACGCAGGGGGCACAGUCAGCAGAGUCCAGAAAAGAGCAGCUCACGCAGCCCACUGAGGAAUGCCACCCAGGACAGCAAUGUCCGCAGGAACAAUAACGUGGAUUUCAAGGAGCCACUCGCCUCGUACAGAGAGGCCACCCCUCCAUUCUCUCAGCUGGAGGCCUACAGUCUGCAGUCAGUGCCAGGGUCUUUGUACCCAUCCUCUCCGCCUUCCUCGGAUCCUCUGCUCAGCCGGUUGGUCUACCAGAGGGACACCAGAGACAGACAGGCAGACAGGGACAUGGACAGCACACGUUCCUCAGCUCUGGAGAGCACAGAGGUCCGCUACCUCAAUGACCAGCCAGCCCUGGGCACACUGAGGACUAUUGGAAACCAGUCACCUCUCACAGGUGUAGGAGCACUUACAAGGGAGGGGCCUGUGGAGGAUGGCAGUCCCAAAGCACAACUUGGAAUGGACAGCCAAGCGACAACCCCAUGUGUAGCUCCAGCCCCACGGCCAGGGGAGAGCACUCCCUCCACCAGCCCUGGCUCAGCUUCCCAGCGGCUAGAAAACCUAAGGCGACAUCAGCCUGAUGAUAAACUGGAGAAGCUCAAAGAACGUAUUCGAAGGCAGAGACAACAUCUGGAGGAGGCUGCUGAGAAGGAGAAGCUGCUGGGUAAUAUGGAACAGCCCAUUAUCGCAGCUGUGGGGAGUAACAAUGCUGGUACCAGUAACAUACCCACAGCCAAAAUACGGAAAAUAGCAGCUGCACCACCCGCACCUAUUUACAAGGGUUUCAAUAGUACUGAAACAAAGAUCCGGACUCCUGAUGGGAAAGUUUGGAAGGAGGACGAGUUUCAUAAUCUCAGUAGGGAGAUAUACAGAGACUUGUCACGACAGUUUGCUGAGAGCACUAGAUCCAGGCAACAAAGAGAAGAGAGACGAGACAGAUCCAAAGAGAGGAGGCCUCCAAAGCCAGUGAGGAAGGUCCACAGAGCUGUUCCUGCUUCUGAUCUAAAUGUGAAACCAGCAGUGAUUAGCCCAGCAUCAUGGCGGGAGGGCCAGAAACUAGUAAAGAUGGUACUUGGUCCAGUCCCCAAGCUGCAAAGAGAGGAGGACAGACCUCAUCCAGCUGACAGACUGGGCAGAACAGCUUCCCAUCACCACUCCAGUUCAGAUCCACGUUCAGAAUCAAACCAACAAUCUCACCCCAAGAGCACAGAACGGCCUCAUGGUGGAUUUCAGGGGGAAUCCAAAAGCCACUCCACAGCCACAUCUACCCACUCGUCUGCAGCUCAGGACAACACCCCAGUGGGUAUAAGCAGGGACCUGUUGUCAGCAGACAUUCAAGGGAUACUUGAUGACCUUCAGCUGGAGUGCAAAGCCGCUGAGAAGGAGAGGGCCCGACAAAGAUCCAGAGGUGGGAGCAGUGGUAGGAGAGGGAGAGGUGGAUCAGGGUCACGAACAAGGGCUCCAGUAUCUGCUUGGGGAACUGCUGUGGCAACAGGUCACUCCUCAAGAAGCUGCCGCAGUGCCAGCCCCGCUGCGCGCCGGCCAGAGACUGCCAACAUAGUUGACACAGAGCACAAAAAGCGUCACUAUGAUGCAGAUACUGUUCGCCAGUACAUUGCCCGGCAACAAGAAGAAAGAAGGAGGCGUCAAGCAGAAGAGAAGAGGGCACUGAGGGAGGAGGCAGAAAGGAGAAACCAGAGAUUGCAGGAGCUCUACAGGAAGCAAAGAGAAGUCGCUAAAACGGUGACCUUUCCCAACGAGGCCCCUGUGGCCCCUGUACAAAAGCGACUACAAGAGACCUACAACAAAUUGCUGCUUGAGGAGGCCCAGCUGGGGAAUUACGCUGUGCAGACGCAGCCUGCUGCUCCCUCCAGUCAAAUGAGACCAAUGUACCAGCCCUCAGGAGAGUCAGACAAAGAGAACAAAAGACUAGAGGCACCACAAAGCCCCUCGAGCAGUGAUAGGUCUUUGAAUGAUCAGCCACCUCCUCCUCCAUUAUCCAGGAAUGAUCUGGAUGUUGGAGUUGCCUCGUUGCUUCAGCCUGACCAUCUGAGCCCAUCUCUUCAACCAACGAGCGGUCCCAGCAGUACAGUGCUAGCCCCUUUUGGUGACCAGUUCCUUACUCAGAUGUUCAGGGUGGAGACUGGUGCAGUGGCCACUGGUGACAUCAGGCAUACCCAGCAGCCAGCUACAGCACCUUCCGAUAGGUCACAUUCCAAGAUAUCCCGCAUUGAGGCCCUCAAGGCCAAAGCUGCAUCCCUCUCCAACCGUAUAGAAAGUGAGGCACGGAAGCUUGUUGGGGAGGGGAUCAACUAUGGUACAGCAACUUCAGUGGAUGUAGAUACUAUUUCUGCCACAGAAAAUACUGACAUGGAAUUGAGGAUUCAGAGGAUUUUGACUAGCACAGGUCAUAGUUCAUUCAAUGGCACACCCCUUCCAGGAGCAGGCAGCCUGCACACACUCACGGGACAGAAAGAAAAGAAGGGUACACACCUCAAUUUGACCAAUAUACAAGCAACUUCUAAUUUAAUAGGACCCGUUCUUAAUAGUUACACACAAGCAGGAGGAAAGCUAGUUAAUGGCUUGGAAGACGUAGAAACAAUGGAUAAAAUGGCACCAAAGAGAGGAUAUGACAAGGUGGAGGCCCAGACAGAUCUCCACGACUCCAGUGCAGGUUCCAUCAGUGAGGGCCCCAUACUGAGUGAAGGGAGUUUUUCUGAGGAUGAGGCAAACCCUCCUUAUCCCUCCAACAAUCAUAUAUCUAGAGCAGCAGAACGCCUGGAGGCAGUGGACUACUGUGCCAGUCAAAGAACGGGCUACCAACACCUGACAGAGUUCCAGAGGGAGGCAGCGAAAUGCUCAGCCCUCAGCUCCCCAUUUUCUCAGCAAGACAACGUUAAGGCAGCUUGGGAAGAACUGAACAAAGGAAGCCCUCUAAGUGUAAUCAGCAUUUUCACCAAGAACCUGCAUGGUCAUGUUAAAGUGAGUGAGAGAAACUCCCCCUCGGCCUAUUCUUUGCACUCCGGAAAUGACCCUGGAGAUGCGGCGCACUAUGAAGACGAUUUUGUGUCAUCACAUAGCAGCAGAACUAGCAGCCACUUGAGGAAAGCCUCAAAUUCACCCAGUGUGAACAGUCACUUUGAGGAACUGAUGAGGAGGUCUCCGUAUGAGAAAAGUACAGGAGGCAACAGUUCCCACCAUUCAUCCUUUCAGUCUUCACCACACCUUUCCUCUGCUUCAACAUCUGGCUCCUCACCCCUCUCUAAGCACUCUACCAGAAAAAGAGGCACAGCAUCAGACCAGAGUGAUGGUACUCUGAUAGAAGAGCAGAGAAGCUCCUGCUCACCCCCCUCAGAGGCAUUAUCCUCUGACUCCAGGAAGAGGGGUUCAGACAAAAGCGCUGCUCACAGCCAAGCCAAGAGUGUUCACUCCAGUGACACUUCAGGGGAAACAUCAGGGCAUUCUCACCAAAGGCUUAACAGUAAGAAGUCUCGAGCACUCGCAUCCAAACAGGCUGAUCCUUCUGGCUCCUCAGACCCUGGUUCUCCAGGAGCAGACUCUUCCAGUGAACCUGUAAGAAGUGGCUCUAUGGGAGCAAAUAACAUGAACACAGGCACCACAGCUGGCAGUGGUAGAGCAGAGACCAGGACAACAGGUGAGUUACAGUAUUCACCUGCUGUCCUGCAGCAGCGUAUGUCAGCAGAGCUCCAGUACCUGGAGUCCAUUGAGGAGUCAGUCCAACAGCUGGACAACAUGGAGAAGUUGAUGGGUGUGUCUAUGGCUCAGCAGGAGAGUGUGUCAUUGGCUCAAAUGCUCAAGGCCAAGCAGCAGCAACAUGAACGUGACCUCUGUGAACUGAAGAUCAAGGCAGAAAGAGAAGCACUGGAGACCAAGCUACAGCUGGAGGAAAACAGACAGAGAGUAGCCAGGGCUCACAUAGAACUGCAGGAAAACUUGGUGGUGAAUCAAAAACAAACUUUGGAAAACCUCCAGGAGGCAACUACUAAGAUGAUGAGUCAACAGGCUGAGGCAGCACAGUACACAGCCGAUGCUGCCCGACACAUCAAGGAGAUGACAGAAUUGGCACGGUCACAGAUGGCAGGAGCUUUGGUUGUCCCCCCUGCUGCUACUGAUUCCUGCAUGUUGGAUCAGCGAGAAGAACAGCAGAAGUGGCGACAGGAUAAAACUGACUCUGACAGCGAAAUGUCAAGCAGACGGACCAGGCCGGAGGAACCCCUGUCUUCACUGAAAAGCCUCAGUCACACUGACUCUCUAUCCUUCAGAAGACCCAACCUCAGUGGAGCAGAUUCCAGCAGCCACCCUAGCUUGUCGCAUGUCUCCUCAGACCACAGCGAACAGGUGAAAAAAGAAGCACAAGAGGGGAAAUGGAGAAAGAAGGGAGCUGAGGGGAGAGAAGCAGGCAGCACCUCCAUAGAGGAUGAAGUUGCUACAGCAGCAAAUGACUCCCUCUGCAGUGACAGCAUCCCCUCUGUAAUAGAUGAGAAAGGAGACAGUACGUCAGUGGCAACAGAGUACUCUUUCAAGUUUGAUGAGUCUAUGACAGAGGAUGAGAUAGAAGAACAAUCCUUCCGCUCUCUGCUACCAUCUGAGGCACACCGCCGUGGGACUAUGGAGAAAAAGUCCCGCCACCAUGAGGAGUCAGAGGAUGAUGGAGCCAAUCACAACACAAGACUGGUUUCGGGAUCACAUAAUAUCUUGAAGGAUGUCAACAUGGCUUUUUCUGGUGGACAAGACAGUUUUUCCCAGUUCACUAUGGACAUGGUGCGUCAGUACAUGAGGGAUGAGGAGGUAAGACUGCAGCACCAGAGCGCUCUACUCCGUCUUCGCCAGAAAGCUCUCAAAGAGAAGGCCAGAACUGAGCUGGCCUGGCUAGAGCACCAGAAAAAGAGGCUGAGAGACAAGGGAGAGGAUGACAAAAUGCCACCAAUCAGGAAGAAGCAGAGGGGCCUUUUGCUGAAACUGCAGCAGGAGCAGGCUGAGAUCAAGCGGCUUCAGGAGGCCAACAAAGCAGCAAUGAAGGAAAGGCAGCUGUUGCUGAAGCAGCAGGAGGAGAUUGAGCGGAUGAGAAACUCAACACUCAGACUGAAGGAGCGUCUCAAGUGUGCUGGGGGUGAAAUGCCGCUGACUUCUGUAUCAGAAACACGGGCAUCGGAACCAGCCUCCCCCAGCAUGAGACAUGCUAAUGAGAACCGCAGCCCCUCUCCUCCCCUCUCCGUCUCUGGAAGUGAGACUAGUAGCAUCAUGCAGAAGCUCAAGAAGAUGCACUCUCACACGAAUGAAAAGUUCCUGACCAAGCGGGAGCAGCAGCUGAUGCAGAGGCGUCGCCACGCUGAGGAGCUGCUACAGUGGAAACGGCGACUGGACCAAGAGGAGGCAGAGGUCCGUAGGAUGGAGAAGGAGGCCCUGGCUGUAUGGGACAGACAAACACCUCAGGACAAGAGUCAUGAUGUGUCAGAGAGUCAGAAAAAGGAGAUCUCUGAUAUUAGCUCCAGCCUCAGUCACCCUCAAAGCUCAGAGCAGGGAACUGACAAUGAGAAAGAGUAUGUCAGUGAGGGUGGCUGUUCCUCAGCAACACCUGAGUCUAGUAUACACACAGAGGAACUGGGGUCCCAGCAAGCAGGAAGCCCAUCUUCAGUGCAACCAUUGUCGGUCCCUGAAACACCUUUGGUGUCCAUCCAGAGCAGUUACACUCAGGACUUCACUUUAGCUUCCCUGUCACCAAGGAAACAAUCUUCUGCAUUCAAGGGCAGCCACAGCCCUGCUGCCUCUCCUUCAGAGGAAAGCAGCAGCAAAACAAAGGUGCAACUGCGCUCCUCCCAGACUGCCAACCAGGCCCACACUCAACCAACUGACUCCCCCAUGGCCAUGCAGACUGAACCCAUUUCAGACCAGAGUGAUAUAGAGAGUCGUAUCAAGGCCCUGAAGGAAGAACUCAGAAAACGAAAGUUUAUGGCCUACCAGCUAAAGAAAGAGCAAAAGAAGAGGCACAAAGAGCGUCUGAAGGCACAGGAGGCCAGCCUACUCAAACAGCUGGAGACCUAUAACAACAUUAUUGAAAAAACUAAGGCAGAACUGAGCAAGGAGCCAGACUCAACCCCUGCUACCAAGUCCCAGAUCAGAGAUUCCACCUCGACUGCAGAGCAGUUCAGCAUUAAACCACCUAUUCACAGGUCUGAACCCAGCAAAACCUCUGAAAGAAUGUGCAUUGAUGCUUCGUUAGAUCACAAUGCCUUCCCUCAACUUGAUCAUAGUAGAUCCACCUCAGUGCCUGAAGAUUUAUCUGAUGAAGACCCACCAACAGUCACUCAGACUCCAGCAUACGACAGCCCAGAAUGUCCAGCCUCAAGCCACAUGAGCCGUCAGCCUUCAGAGAUUCUUGUACAGCCUUCUUGUACAGCCAUUGAAGCCAAAGCACAGACUGAGACUGGGAAUGAGAACAUUGUGUCGGAUCAAAGAUCUGACAUUCAGGAAGAGCUGGAGGUGGAAAUAAGCUCCAGGUUGGAAGAUCAACACUCUGAACAUCUUCUCAAACUAGGAGACAGAGUGGACUCCCGGGAGAAGCUGUCUACAUCUAAACAUGUUUCUUCUUCCAUGACCAAAGAACAUCAGUACUCUCCAUCUGAAGCAGAAGAUGUUGUAAAACCUACAGCUGUGUCACAUUCAGCUGCGGUGGACUUGAAAAGAACACCACAUCCAAGCUAUAGCUCCUCAUUAAAUGAUCCCUCAUGUUUGCCUUAUUCUCUAGCCUUCUCUUCUAAGAAGGAGGCACCCAUAAAGGAUGCUGAAGCCUCUUCUAUCUUGGCAGAUGGCUAUCAUGAUGACUUUGAAUCAUCAUCUGAUUUGUCACCCAGGGGGGAGCAGCAUAGUUCUGAGCCCGGCUCUCAAAUCUCAGUUUCAUCCACUGAAAUGAGGGGUUCAAGAAAGGACUCCCCUGUGAGGGCCACACCAUAUGACAGCCAAGAUGAGGAAGUAGAAGAGGAAAUACCUGAGGAACUGAGUCACAUUUCUGAUGCAAGUCAACCUAGUAACCAAACUGAAAGACUUCUAGAUCUACAUAAGCAGAUAGAAACAGACUCUAAUGACAGUAAGAGCAUUAUUUCCAACCACUCACCACCCAUCUCUGCUUUGCAGACCCCUCUCUCUCCUGUUACAGAUGACAUGCCAGGUUUUGACAUUGGUGAUCGGGUUCUAGUUGGCGGUGUUCAGCCUGGCACUUUGAGAUUCAAAGGUCCAACCAGCUUUGCUAAUGGCUUCUGGGCUGGCGUGGAGUUGGACAAGUCUGAAGGGAGCAACAAUGGCACUUAUGAUGGGGUGGUAUAUUUUGAGUGUGAUGAAUUCCACGGUAUCUUUGCCCCUCCAGACAAGAUCACUCACCUGCCAGACAAGUUUGAGAUCUACACAGACACCACAGAAGAUGAGGACUCGUUUGUUGAUGACUUGUCAGAUAAAAUUGGGGAUAAGCCCAAAACAGAUAAGAGCAAAUCCAGGAAACAAGGAAAUCAGAAUAGUAUAAAUGAACAAACAUCUCAUAAGGAUUUUGGAUCUGGAGAGAAAAUGGUUACAGAUGAUUCUGUUCACAAGAACCAGGCCCCACUGAACGAUGGAUCCGACCUCAGCUCAAAUCUUCACAAAGAAUUCAAGCAUUCCAUGUCUAAUGGCAACAGCAGAUACAUAGUGUUGGAUUUUGGAGAUGCACCAGCCACUCUCCUCAUCUCUGACAUGGACAAGAUUGACCUGGGGAAGCCGAGUCAGAAGGAAAUUACUACCCUUGUUGAGAGAGAAGAUAUAGACUCACAACACCAGUCGACUCCUGCUGGUUUUACCACAGAUAUCAGGGACUAUAAAGGAGACUACAAGGAUACAGGCUUACUGGACACAUUUGCAGAUGAGCUUAUUAACAACUUUGUAAAAGACACUGUGAAGCAGUUAGCAGAAAUUAAAAAGGCAAAAGAGCAGAAGAUAGAAGCUGGCAACCAGAUGAAUGGAGACCUGUGUGGUGAAAAUGUGGAAGAAGAGUGGGUCUCUUCAGUGGAACAAAAAGAUGGACUCCCCUUCUUCCUUCCAACAGAAAAAGAGGAGCUAUCUUCUCCAGAGCUGUGUAACCGACCGGAGAGUCCAGUGUUGGGGGCCAGCGGCCAAGAGGAGCUUGCCAAGAGACUAGCAGAGCUGGAACUGAGCCGUGAACUGCUGGAUGAGCUAGGUGACGACCAGGACUGGUUUGAUGAGGACUUUGGCCUCAGCUCCCGUAGAGAACAGCAGAGACUCAAACAGAAACAGAGAGAGGUUGAGGAAGGGGCAAGGCUGGAAAGAGGAGGAGGACUGGUGAGGUCAGGCUCCUCAGCUGGAGCACCUGUGGGGGGGCUCAGCUCCUCAGCAGGUGGAGAACAGCAGGUAAUGACUCACCCUAGACCUGAGCUGCCUCUCCCCCUGCCCCCUAAGCUACCUGAGCAGCCUGCCAUGGUGGUGCCCCACUCAGCCAUUGAGGUGGAGAAAAUGGUUCAUGCUGCCACUCAGGAGAUCUGGGAGAGCUGCGCCCUGGGGGAGGAGGAAGCUCCGCCCCUUUCACAACUGCCAAACCCCACCGCUUCACAAGAGUAUCUGGGUAAAGAGGCCAGCGGCCAGGACCAGGAGGCCCUCUCCAUCCGCAGCUACCGGAAGGCUGUGUAUGACCUGACAUGGGAGAUCCUCCAGGAGAUUUUUGCUGAAGACCCCAAUGCUGAUCAGCCUCAGUGGGUCAAACCACAGCAAGUCAAGUCCUCUUUCUUCCACAGAGUAAAGAGCACAGGAAACCUCACUAAAAUCCAGGAAUUCAUCACAGCAGAAGUACUGAAACUGUACGGUCUGGCAAAAGAUCAGAGCCAGAAAACCGACUGGCAGAAGAUGCUCAAAUUUGGCAGAAAGAAGCGGGACAGAGUUGAUCACAUCCUGGUUCAGGAGCUCCAUGAGGAGGAGGCCCAGUGGGUCAACUACAAUGAAGAUGAGCUGCUUGUGAAGAUGCAGCUGGCAGACAGCAUCUUUGAUGCACUGCUGAAGGACACUGCGAACGAGCUGACACUAAUCUAUGACAAGAGGGUGAGCAGAGACGGCCUCUCCUGACAGUGUUCCUGCUUAGAUUUUAAACUCAUUCAUAGUCUUUCCUCACCCCAGUGAACUCUAGCCAACCUGCUGCCACUUUGUCUUCCAUCAAACAAUGUGCCAAUAACAACCCUCAGAUGCCUUCACUACCCCUCAGCUAAACAACUUUUACUCAAUUUGCUGAAUGUGCUUCAGCUAACCAUAGUUGUUACAUAAUUUGUUUUACACAUGAAACUCCUCUUGAGCAAUCCAGCCUUCUUAAACCCUCAACACCAUCUAGCCUCAGUUCUCAGCUCCUGGACUGGUUGGUCUUUUUGUAAAUGCCAGUUGGAGAAUGAGUAGAUGUUCUGAUAGGAUGAACUGUGCCAUUUGUUAGCAUUUAAUGUACAUUAAUGCUGCUAAGUUGAUCGUUCCAUUGGGGGACUGAAAUGUAAACAAAACUAGGUUAUUAUAUUUUGUAUCAAAUUUUCAAGUAAAUGUAUACGGAUUCAAAGAUGAAGAAUAUACAGUGUAGUCUGGAAGUGAACCAUGACUUUUGGCUUUGCGAUCCAGCACACUGAAAUUAAACAAUCACCAUCUGGUUCCAGGUUUCAAUUUUGAUUUGAGGGGGUUUAUAUGCAUAAUGGGUGAUCAGUGUAGAAGUUGAUGCCUUUUAUUUAUAGUCCCCAGUUUUGAGGGAUUGUAAGUUUGCCAUAAUCCAAACAAAUGUCUUUGUCAUGCAGUCGUCUUUGCUUCUUGCUUGUCUGUGGGACUUUUGGCUUCAGCCUGGUCUUCACUAGGUUCAUUUCAUGCUCAGUCGAGCUGAGGUUAGAAGAAUAUUUGACUGUUUGGCACUAAAAACAGUUUGUUUGCUUUUGGGCACUGUGUUAAGCAUUAUUGUCCUGUUGCUUUCUCUUUAAACUGGGGGCUGUGUAUAAUAAAAUCCAACACUGUUCACCCAAUAAGGAUAUGAAUGCUCUCAAACUCCCCUGAAGCUGAGAGAAAACAUGUUCUCACUGCAUGGUAUUUCAUCAUCACAGAAUUUAGAUAUUUAUUGUGUGAAAAUGUUUAGAGGAGAAAUGAGAAUUGUAAAUGAUCUUGUCAACGUAUAGAUAAUUUUAACAUUGUGUAAAGAAAAUCUAAUGCAAUUGUAAAAGCACAAAUAGAAAUGUGAAUAUGUCUACACAUUAUGUUGGAGAUUUAAGAAAUUCUAUUGAAACCAGAAAAAACAUUUUAAUAUUUAAAGUCAGUUUGAUGACACUGUGUUGAUAUUGGGAAGCAUACACUAUGUAUCAAUGUCAACAGACCGAAUGAAUCUCAUAGUGCUACCAAGGAAUACUUGUCCAAGGAUUUGUUAUUAUGUGUUUUAUGUUGUAAUUGAAGCUGUAGCCCCCGUGAAGUGUUUUUCAUUUUUGCUUUUCAAUAGCUCCACAGUUACGAGCUACAUUGAGGUCGCUUUCAAAAUCAAGCAAGUUUCAUUGCACAUGCUGGCAUUUUCUAAGAUUCCAUUGGUUUGUGUGAACACACUACAUGCUCAAAACCUGGUUUAGUACAUAGUAUGCAAGUGGGAAAUAAAAGACCGGCAGGAUGCCUGACUUGAUAUUUUAGAAUCACAUUAUAGGACAUUACUGAAAUGCUGGAUUUGAGCUUUACUUAUCCUGUGACCCAUUUAUUUUCUGUGACCUAAGAAAACAAUUGUGAUUGUCUUGUUUUUCAUCAGUUAUCCUGGUAGAGGUUAAUGUAGCAGAAUCUAAAAGACAUGUAGUCACAUAGGAGCAUGACAUUUGACUUUAGAGCAGUCAUUGAGUUCAGACCAGUUAUCAGAUUGAAGCCAGAUAGCAGUGAUCAGUUUCAGUUAGUUGUAACAAACUUCAGCAUCCUUUGGGCCUACUGUUUCUUCAGCUGUUAAAUGAUUGCUCUUCUUUCUAACCAGUUUACCAGUACUUCAUUUUCUACCUUUUCAGUCUUUCUGUAUCAGAGCAUAGUGGAGUAGAGGAUGUUUCAAUGCCUCAGCUGAGGAAAUGGUUCUAAUGCUAACUAUUGCCGACUCACCCUUGAUGUUAUCUGCUUCAUGUCCACAUCGCUGCUGCUGUGCAUAUAGACACACCUUAGACUUUUUAAUGAUUACCUGUAAUACAAGCUAGUUUGUGGAAACACACACAUAAUCGCUCCAGUGUGAGUCACUGAGCUGGUGAGGCUGAGCACGUAGGACUGUAUGCAAGGACUUAUUUUUGGUCCUCACUGUCAGCUCCAACAAACUGUACAAACUCAUACUGGCAUGUGUGACAGAGCUUGUUAAUCCUCGCUGACGUUUUGUAGCUAAAGUGACCUUAAACUGGGUACUUUUUUUUUUUUCUACCUGUCAAUGUUUUAACAGUUGCUAAAGUGUAUCUUCAAACUGUAAAUUAUACAAUGUCAAAAAAGACCAAACUCAUUUGAUAUCAAUUUAUCCAUGCUGUAUGACUUGUCUGUCUGGAUUGUAAUUGUAAUGGUGACUGAUUAGUACCAUAAAAACAUUUUCUGUAAGGCUUUAUUACAGACCUCCUCAGUGUCCUCUUGAAUUGAUUGUAUAUGGGAGGAAGUAGCAUUCUCCUCUGUAACUAUGCAGUUCUCUAUCUUAUGCAUUGUUUUGUAUGUAUGAACCAGACAGCUAAGAUUUCUGCUGUUAGUCUGCAGACUAAAUAUGCAACAAGCUCAAAGCUGUUGGCUGGUAGGGUGGAGUUGCUUUUCUUCUCUGGGAGAUGAAGCAAAUUUGCCUUUUAAUAUUAGAAAUGUGUCAUUUGAUCCUAAUAACCAAAUUAAAGUGUUGACACAAAAGAUAUGGUUAUCAAAUUAAAGCAGUCAGACGACUUCCCUUGUCACCUUUUGACAUGUUUAUUUAUAAUAAUGUGCUGUGAGUGUGCUAAGUGCACUUGAAGACUUGUACAAUUCUUUUAUGGAUGUAAAUAUACUGUUUAUCCACUCUGACCCACUAUUACUGUAACCAGAGCGAUCGUUGUAAAAUAAACAUGGUUUACUUUGCAAAUAUGUACAUAGUAUAUAUUUGUUAGCUAAAUGAACUUUGAAAUUGUAAAUAAAGUUUUCGUUGUUUCUAAAGCAAUAUGCUGUCCCAUAAUGUGUGCUGGUUAUAAUUG